AUGGACUCUGAUGAACAAGAAAGAGUGCAGAAGAAGACUUUUGUCAACUGGAUAAAUUCACAUUUGUCGAAGCGCAUCCCGCCGCUUCGUAUCGACGACCUGAUUUACGACCUUCGCGAUGGCACCAAACUGCUGGCGCUCCUCGAAGUGCUUUCCGGCGAGAAACUGCCGAUGGAACGCGGGCGGGUGCUUCGCAGGCCGCACUUCCUCUCCAACGCGAACACGGCCCUCCGCUUCCUGGCGGGCAAGCGGAUCAAGCUGGUGAACAUAAACGCGGCCGACCUGGUGGACGGCAGGCCCGCAGUCGUCCUGGGGCUCAUCUGGACCAUCAUCCUCUAUUUCCAGAUCGAAGAGAACAGUCGCGCUCUGGAAUACCUUGGUGGUUCAAGAUGUGCCUCAGUCAUGUCCCAGGAGUCCGGCGCUGCGACGCCAACACACAGAGCGGAAGACAGAUGGAAGCAAGGCGCAAAGAAGACACUCCUGCAAUGGGUGGCGAAUGCACUACCCAAGGAUUCAAACAUACAAGUGGCUGACUUCGGCCCGUCAUGGCGCGACGGCGUCGCCUUCCUCGCGAUUAUAGACGCGAUCAAGGCCAAUCUGAUCAACCUCGCCGAGAUGAAGAGGAAGACCAACAGGCAGCGUCUGGAGCACGCUUUCGAUGUAGCGGAGACCGAACUGGGCAUCGCCCGCCUUCUGGACGCUGAGGACGUCGACGUGGACAAGCCCGACGAGAGAUCCAUCAUGACAUACGUGGCGCAGUUCCUGCACAAAUAUCCGGAACCCAAGACGACAGGACCGGACGCCGUCGCGGCCGUCCAGGAGGAAUACGAAUCGCUCAGAAUGUGGCUCACGGAGCGCGUGACCGUGAUCCAGCGGCAAUACGACACGCGGACCUUAUCGCGGAACUACGAGGACUAUGUCCGUGCCGAAAACGAGCGGCUCGCCAGAGAGCCGACGUACCAGAAACUCGAGAAGCUCAUGUAUACGCAGAGCUUAGUUGCCAUUGCGCCGAAAUCGUGGCGCGAGCUCGUCUCCCUGUGGAUUGAACUGGAGAGACUUCACAGGAGAUGGCUCUGGCUUUUGGACUCGGAUUUGCCCGGUGACUUCAGAGCGGUCGGCGAAUGGCUUUCGAGGGCCGAAUACCUGCUGUAUUUCGACGAAAUCCCGAACAGUUUGGACGAGAGGACCGCUGCAUUGAUCAGCGAAAAGCUGGAAGAACAUACAUCUUUCUUCGCCGCCUUACCUGAGGUCGCCGAGAGGUUCGAAGCGGCGUUGCGUUCCCCCGACGCCGCUAGAAUCCCAACCGAAAGGCUGCAAGAAAUGAAGGAGCGCUUGGAAGCUGUGAGUCGAAGAGCUCCGCAGAGAAAAGCCAGGUUAAAGUAUUUGGAACACAAAUGUUGUAUUGUGGCUUUCACAGAACUUACGAAAGCAAAAUUGGCCACUUGGACCGCUAAAUGCGGCAGAGUGGAACACGUCCGUGCCUUAUUAGAUGACUACGAUAAUUUUGUGACUAAGAACAAGAUUUUCCAGGAGUUCGACAAAGCCUAUGUAGAUAUUAAGCAAGUGGCAGAAGAAUAUAAGAGAGUAUGCGAAGUAGACAGGACUGAAGCGAGAGAAAUUGAUUCGUUCCUAAGGGAAAUUUCGGAGACAUGGCGAAGAGUCGCCUCCGAUGUAAGAUGCGCAAGAAGCGUCCUUGAAGAAGUCAUCGCCCAUUGGGAAAGAUGGACAAUGUUAGUGGAACAAUUUACUGCGUGGCUAGAUAAAGCCCAACACAUGCUGAGAGUAUCUGAAGACGAGGGCUUAGAAUUCUUCCACGACCUUACCGUGUGGAAAGAGAAACACCAGAUUUUGGGUGAUGCGGCUGGUUUCUUAGCUGCUACCUGCUCUGAAGAUAUAAGCUCCGAGAUAAAGAGAAAAUACGUGGAGAUUACUGAACGUUGGGAGCGAGUGUGGGAGGAAGCCGAACGCUAUGUGCGUGGAGGAGACGCUCUUCGUCACCGCCGUGAACUCGCUGCCGGCAUCCAAACCCUCGACAACUGGCUAUCGGCUGCUGAGAACCUGCUUUCCAGGCAACCACGAGCCAACACCACAGAUAUACAGACAUAUAUUGAUCAGCUGCUUCAGCUAAACUCGGAAAUUGAACACCACGAAGAAGUAUUUAAGACUAUCAGCAGGACCUUCCAAAACGCCAUCGCGGACCUGCCUCGCGACGAAGUGGAAUCCAACAUGGGCAAGCUGAAGCAGCAGAAGGAGGCGUUGGUCAGGGUGCGCGCCACCGUGCCGGUCAAGCUGCACCAGUACAGGCAGCUGCUGGUGCAACACGAGUCGCUGGAGAGUGGCCAGAAGGAGAUCGGCCAGUGGCUCGACAGAGCCGACGAACUGCUGCGAACCACCACUGAGACUCGACGCGAGGUCAUUGAAGAACGUUACGAGAUUCAUCGAACAUUUUUCUCACGCACCACAUAUUACCGUUCCAUGUUGGAAAGCAAAAACAAAGUUUUCCAGAACAUUGUUAAAGCAGCUGAUGUUGACCGCAGUGCUGAUGUUACAGACCAAGUAAGGUUAAUGAAGGACCUUAAUGAUAGAUUCGCCCAUGUCUCCUCUGAAGCCACUCGUAAAGAAUCGGAAUUACAAAGACUCGUCCGAGCUUGGGAUGAGUUUGAAAGCAAGAAACGUACCGUGGAAGAAUGGGCAUCGAGAGCAGAAGCACUUUUGGCCGAUAACAGAGUUGAUUCAAAACAGGUUGUGGAUUUCCACAAGAGAUUCUUCCAAGGGGCUGAUGAGAGAGCCGUUUCCGAACUCGUACGAUCCGGAAGGGAGCUCAUUGAGUUGGUAAAUGCUGAAGAUAGGCCCCGCAUAGUGCAAACAGUGGAAGAGUUACAGCGACGAUGGAAGGAACUGUUGGAUCGUGCACCUCCUCACCUUAUGCGCCUAGAGUUUAGACUGGAUGAGGCGGUCUUCCACCAUUGUAUCAAGGAUAUUGAGAAGGAGCUUGUUUAUGAGGAACAGGCAUACAACCAGAGUGAUGAUGCUGACGGCAUACUUAUAAGAAACGAAGAGUACUUCCGUAACCAAGGUAAAAUUAUGCAAGUUGAACACUGUCUUCAGAACCUAAAGAAAAUAUCUACAAGUUAUACACAUCAAACUGGAGAUUCUACAUUGGACGAAGCAGUGCGUAAAUGUGAACAGCAAUGGGAAUCUACUGUACAUAGGGUUGAACACUUCAGACAACAGUUACAGCGGAUUCCGGCGAAAUGGGAUGCUUACAGAGAGAAAUUCCGCGAGAUGGAGAAGUGGAUGGAUCAUGUUGAUAAGACGAUGGAUAGCAUAGUGAGAGAGGUUGACUCAGCCGAAGCAUUUGAAAGGGAGAAGACUAUAUUUCAGAACAUCUGCCGUGAAGCCGACAAAAAACGGGAAGACAUGAAAUGGUUGGUACAAACAUUAGACAUGCUUACCCACCAUUGUUCAGACAUGGAAGCACAGGAUGAACAAAUAAAACUUGAAAAUCUUAUCCAGAGAUACAAAAACUUAAUCCCGACUAUUGAGAUCACAAUGAUAAAGACGGAAACAUAUACAAGAUGUUACACAUACAGGCGUGAGGUCCAUGAAGUGAUUUGUAUAUUAGAAAGCGCUAAGCAACAGGCUAUGGUAGAACCAGAGCCUCAAUCCCUACAACAUGUUGAACAGUUAGUUCUAGAACAACAAGCUGCAGUACAGAAACUUGAUCGUCAUCGACCUUCCGUCAUGUCUAUGCUACAACGUGGCAAAGAGCUCAUAAAGGAUGCUAAUGCACCAGCCUUUGUUAGAGAAGAUGUUCGUAACCUCGAAACUGGAUGGAAUACAGCAUACGAGACUUCAACAGACCGCCUUUAUAAACUUCGUGAUACACAAAAGGUUUGGUCCAAUUAUGAGUAUCAAAAAGAGGAAUUACUGUCUGAUAUUGAUAAAAUUGAAAGCUACAUUGCUCAUCCUGGUUUAGAAUUGGGAGUAACUAACAUAGGCCGAGAGUUGCACGAGACGAGAGUUAUUAAUGAAGAUCUAGAGAAGGCGAAGAAGGAAAGGUUGCCUCAGUUACAGCAAGCAUAUGCUGAAUUACAGUCCCUUACAGCUAACAAGCCAAAGCCAGUUAUAGAGAAAGACUUGCAAACCAUAGGGCACAAGCUGGAAAAAGUGCAGGAUGAAGUUCACACUAAAGUCGAGCAUUUGGAGAAGUUUAAUGAAGAAUGGAUUAAGGUCGAACGUAAAUUAGAACAUGUUCGGGAAUGGAUCAAAAAAGAAAGUCCCGCGUUGAUCUCACAAAUCAGAUCUGAGAACAUUACACCUGAAGAAAGAGUUGAAAAAUCGCAAGAUCUGCAGAAAGUGAUUACAGAAAAAUUAGAAAUAAUUAAAAAUGUUGCUGAUCAGGGAACAAAAUUAGCAGUAGAACACCGUGUACAUGAUGCCAACAGACUGAAAGGAGAAGUUGCGUUACUUGAAAAAAUGAUGGCUGAUCUUCAAAGGUCUACAGAACACCAAACAAAAGUUGUUGAACAUGAUCUGGCAAGUUGGCAGAAAUAUCAAAAAGGUGUUGCCGAAAUAAAACCAUGGAUAGAAGAAGCAGAAAUAAAAUUGGGUAAUGUACCAAAACCAACAACGCUGCCUGAAGCACAACAAUUGCAGCAACAAUCUAGAGCUUUAAUUACGGACAGUGAAAAACAGUUAAUGAAUUUGCAAAUUUUGUCUAGUGUCAGUCAUCAAUUAUCAGGAAAGACAAGCGCGCCUGAUGAAGUCGACGCAAUUCAUUCUAGAUGGGCAGUUGUUCAUGAUCAAGCAGAUCAAUGGAAUAACAAGUUAGAAAAACUUGUUGUUAAUUGGGAAAACUUUGAGCGAGAAGCUGAAAAGCUAGAAACUUGGGUAGAAAACGGUGAAAAACUUCUAAGUAGCCGGAAUAUAACCGUGGAGUCGCCACAAAUUGAAAAAUUGGACAGAGAAUUGAACAAGCUCAAAUCGUUUGGCAACGAAAUUUCACAACAGCAAGCAAAAAUAAUCAGCUUAUCCCAAACAUGUGACAACAUUUGUCACAGCAUACAACCGGAAGGUGCUGCGUUGCUGAAAAAUAAAGUUGCCGAUAUUAAAGAUAGAACUAACAGUCUUGCCGAAACAGUCCGUACGAAAAUUAAUGAGCUGUCAGACAAAAUUAUUGUUCGUCAAGAAUUUUUGACGAAACUUCAUAACUUUGACAACUGGAUUACUGACUUUAGACGUAAAACUGAAAGUUUUGAUCAAAUAAGUGCUGAUAAAGUAGAACCAUCUCUGCAAUCAAUGCAUGUGCUGCUUCAGGAACAUGCAGCUAAAGCACCAGAAUUUGCUGAUAUUUACAAUGAAGUUAAAAACAUGACUCUUACAUCGCAUCCAGAUGAAUCUCGCACAUUAAGUGAUACGUAUUCAAAUAUCGCGGAACAUUAUCAAUUAAUUGAAUCGAAUAUUCAACAAAAUAAGGCAAUACUUAAAAAGUGGUCCGAUUUACUUAGUUGGUACGAAGAUACAAAACAACAAUUAGGUCACAUUCAGUACCAAAUAGACGGACCCAAACUUACACCCGAAAGUUAUGAAGUGUUGCGUCAGGAGCUCGUUAAUGUGAUCACAAAGGUGCCGGAAUGGAAGAGCAAUGUUGUUCUUCUCGACGGUCCAUCCAAAGUUAAAGUUGCAGACCAAAACACUGGCAGAAUUAUUUCACCGACUAGCUUAGUAAAGGAAAUUGAAGUAAAAGCUGAAACAUUGCUCAACCAAGUUACAUCUAAAAGAGAUUUGGUGCAAAAAGUUGGCGCAAGAUGGGAUAAAUUCAAUUUACAGCAAAAGGCUGUAUCUGAAGUCUUGCACAAUGUGCAAUCAACACUUAACGAAAUGGCGCAAAAACCUUUACCAUUGACUGAAAUUGCCAUUCAAGAUUUAUCAGAACAGUUAGAUAGAUUGGACCAGGAACUUAAAGAUAAACAAGCGGUAAGAAAAGAACUAAGAGAAGAAGGCUUACAUUUAAUGAGAGAAGAUCAAGCCAACAUGGGCACAAUACAGAAUUCGUUAUCUGCUGCUGACCAUAACUGGGAUCAAGUGGUAAAUUCUGUUCGGGACACAAAGAAUAGAUAUAUUUUAUUAUCAUCUACUUUGCAAGAGUUGAAGAACUUUACAGGUGCUUUCGAUAGAGAAAUGAGUAGAGCUCAACAAUUACACAGUGAAUGUAAAGAAGCUCCUAAUGAUUAUGUACAAACUGCACAGUCUUUAGACAAAGCGAGAAAGUCAUACGAGAUUCUUAAGCGAUCUAAAGGCUUAUUGGAUCAAAUGGACGUAAUCAAACAGUCUAUUCUUAAACAAGCAUCGACACUGGGAGGAUUUGACACCAGCCCACUGGAAAACUCUUUCUUGGAUUCACAGACGCAAUGGGAGAAAGAAAACGAUGCCAUCAUUAAGAGAAUUCAAGAUUUAGAAUCCCAACUGCUCGUUUGGAGACAAAUUGAUGACACAAAGAAUCAAGUAGUUACGUGGUUAAGUGAAACUGGGCAAAACUUAUCAAGUGCCUGUGAUAAUUUGGAAAUAAGGUUUGGCCAGAAUCAUCUUACUAAAUAUAAAGAAGAGUUACCAAUAUAUACUGGACUUAAGAACAGUAUUAAAGCUAAAUGUGAGCAAAUUACUAACUUAAAUAAAAAUAUUCCUACGGGACAAGUUUCUUCCAUUAUCGAUUAUCUUGAUAAAGAAUUUGAGGCUUUGCAAAUACUAGCAGAAAACUUAGAAAGCGCUGUUUCAUCUCUGGAGUCCAAAGAAAAUAAAUUAAAAGAAAAUAUCAAACGUCUUUCUGAUAGUGUUAGUAAAGUAAGAGACGAUAUUAUAAAAUGCGAUGACAUGUCUGGAGAUAAUGCAAAAAUUCUAGAUCGCCUUAAGAAAUGUCAAGCUUGUAAAGUAGAAUUGCAGAAUCUUAAUGAUGAGAUCGAUAACCUUUCUCAAAACGUUUCUGAAAUGAAUGCAAAUUAUCCUGGGUUUUAUGAAUCUUUGGUACCAAAGGAGCUUAGUACCUUGCAAAAAAGAUUUGAGAGCGUCUUAGUGCAUGCUAACAAAACUGAAAUCACUCUUCUGACAUUCUUGCAAAAACUUUUUACCGACAAGCUUAGCAUGUUCAACCGUAAUCUUAAGAUUUUGGAUGAUAAGACAAGAUGGUGUGUACCGGACGCAUCGAGCGAUAAGUAUAAUCUGGAAGUUAAAACUGCUGCCCUUUCUGAUGUGGAGAACGGCAUUGCUGAUUGCAACCAAAAAGUAAAAGAAUUAAAAGAAGCUUGUGAAAUACUACGCGUUGUAGCCGAACCGGCAUCUGCGCAAGAAGCUGCAGUUCAGACAGAAAAAGCUCAAAAGAAUCUAGACGUCUUAACAUCGAACUACGAUGAAAUAAAAAAUAGACUUCAAGAAAAUAUAGAAGCUUGGCAGGAAUAUGAAACCUUACUAGAGAAUGUUUCUGAGUGGCUGAAACAAAAAGAAAAUCAAGUAAGGCAAGAAGCUGCUAGUCUAGUUGACAUGAAUGCAAUCGAGGACAAAAUAAUUGAAAUAGAAAAACUUAAUUCCGAUGUCAAAAAUUACGGAGAUCAGGUUAAUAAACUUACAGAGAUUGGCGACAAGAUAUUGUCGCGUAAUCCGGAAUCACGCGUGUUACAAUAUAUUAACCACUUAGUAAGUAGAUAUCAGACUGUUAGUAAGUUUAUGGAUAAUCAUCUAAACAGACUCAAGGAUUUAAACGACAAUAAAGGGAAAUAUGACAAAUCCAUCGUGGAAUUUAAAAAUUGGCUUGAAGGUGCCAAUGGAAAGAUUGCGGAAUUGGCUGCAAUGAGUAAACACGCUAAACCAUCAGCUGCUGAUCUAGCACAGGUCAAAAAACUUAGUGAAAAUAAAGAUUUAGGCCAAAAGUUGCUUAAUAACGCAAUUGAAUCUGGUGAAGCUUUAUUCAGUGGAAUCAAUCCGGAAGGCAGGGAACAAGUAAGGAAUGAACUUCGAGCCUUACGAGAUUCUUUCGAAGACUCUGUUGAUUCUCUCAACAACGUAAUUAAAGAUAUUGAAACGACCAUUAACAAGAGAUCAUCAUUUGAUGAUACAUUUAACCAGGUUCAAAAAUGGAUAAGUGAUAAAGACCAAGAGUUCGGUGAGUUUAAGUUAUGCUCAACAUUGCCCGAGAAAAAAGCCCAUCUUCAUGCAAAUAAAAUUCUACUACAAGAAGUUGAACUUCAUGCAUCCAUGCUCUCCCAACUAUCUGAAAAAAUAAAAUUAAUGCCCGAUGAAGAAGCAGAGAAAAGUCUUUCCAAAACCAUUGAACGAUACACAGGAAUGUCAAAGGAACUUGAAAAGAGAAUAGCCACUUACGAGUCACAUGUUUCCGAUCAUGAAAAGUACGUACAGAUGUUUGAAGAUACUCGUGAUCGUCUAAAUCAUAUUGUUUCUGAAAAUAGCAUGUUAACUUAUAGCGUAGUAACACAGAAAGAUGAUGUUAAUUCCAAAAUUUCGGCUAUCGAAAAGGAGAAACAAAAUAAGGCUAAAGAUCUUUAUGAAACCAGAAACAAGAAAACUCCCGCUUUUGAGGAAUUCCUCAGUUUGGGUGAAAAACUUUAUGCACACACCAGCCCUGAUGGGAGGGAAGCGCUCUGCUCUACAUUACAAGAAAAAGAAGCUCAGUUGAAAAGAUAUGUUGAUCUCCGUAACGCUAUCCAUGCUAAGGAAAAAGACAUUGAUGCCUUUGUCGAUGAAUCACACAGUCUUAUACAAAUAAGUGGUGUAGAGAGACUUAAGCCUCUUGUAACGCAAAUUAGCAGCCGAUAUCAACAGCUCCAUGUGAUUUCAAAAGAAAUUGUUAAUCACUGGUCAGAAGUGGUUGCUGAUCACAGAAAAUACAUUCAAUUAAAUAAUGAAUUUGAUGCAUGGUUGAAGCCUUUAGAAGAACAACUUGCGCAAAUGAUAACUAAGGAAGAUAAAUUAAACAUUGAAAGUAAAGGCAACAAAUUGCAAGUGUUUUUGAUGGAAAGGGAUAAUGGAGAACAUAAAAUUGGCAUUUUAACUACAGCUGGUGAUAAAGUUUUACCUGAAACUGCCGCAAAUGGCAGAGAAACUAUUCGUGCUGAAAUAAGGAUUUUAAGAGAAAGAUGGGACAAGCUCAACGAUAGUAUAUUGCAGCAGCAGAAAGAAUAUGAAUCACAAACAUUGCAAUGGUCUAGUUACCAAGAAGUGUUACAACAAACUUUAUCCUGGUUGGAUGAAAAAGAAAAAUUAGUUGACAGCGAAGAGAAAUCUGUUUUAAACUCAGCCCAAGAAAUUAAAUCAAAGGUUCUAAAGAACAAGACCUUACUUCAAGAAAUUUACUCCCACAAACGAGUUAUUGAGACGGUCACUGAAAAAGCUAAAAGUGUAGCGUCUACUCUACAUACGGGGAAAGAACAGAGUGAUGAGAUGACAACUAUCAUUCAAUCAGUUUGGGACCGAUACAAUGCAUUAACAAGCCGGUUAUCCAGUAUCAUAGAUAAACAUGAAAAUACAUACGAAAUAUACCAAAAUUUUGCAGAUCAACAAAAAUCGUUACAAGACUAUCAGAAACAUUUGUGGGACCGUCUGCAUCUUCUCUCUGAUUUUACUGGAAAUAAAGCUGCUUUACAAAGCAAGUUAACAAAAAUUCAGGAAUUAUUGGAUGCUAUACCAAAUGGCAACAAUAAGCUAAAAAUUUUAAGCGACCUCAUAGACAAUAAUAGUGCCAAAUUAUCCCCUAGAGGUAAAGAUGGCAUGUCCCGUGAGCUAAGCCUUCUCCGAGCAGACCUUGAAAAGUUUACAACGACAGUUCACGAUGUAAAACGAGGCAUUGAAGAUAAAAUACAACAGUGGAUUGAGUUUGAUAGUGCCAAUGAUCGUCUUCAACAUUGGCUUACUGAUACAGAAAUGAGCUUGAAAACGUUUACUCCUAAAGCCACGUUAGACGAAAAAGUUGACCAGCUUAACAAAUAUCAGGCAAUCCUGGCAAAUCUUAAAAAGACUGAGAAUGAUGUAGACAAAUUAACUGACGAAUUCAGCGAUUUAAUUGAAAAUUGCAAUGAUACUAGAAUUACGAUGAAUUUACAACAGAUGACCUCUCGUUUUCAAUCUGUGCAUUCCACAGCUAAAGAACUGGUUAAGAAAUGUCAGCAAGCGGUAAACGAUCAUACAGCGUAUCAAGAAAAGUAUAAUCAAUGCACAGAUUGGUUAAAGACUGCACAACACAAGUUUGAUGAGUGCCAGAAAAACUUAUCAAAUACUCCAGAAGGAAUAAAUGCUAAAAGAGAGAGCUUGAAAGAAUUAUUAAGCCAACAACGUAAUGCAGCUCUUUUAGUAAACAACACAGUUGAGCUUGGUGAAAAAUUAUAUCCUUCUACUUCACCAGAAGGAAAAGAGUUGAUUGAACAACAAUUACAGGAUAUCCAACAAGCAAUAGACAAUCUAUAUGAAUCUAUUACAAAAGCAGAAAGAGACUUAGAUUCUGAACUUAGCAAGUGGUCGUCAUUUGAGGAUAAUUUGAAAACAGUACAAGAAUGGCUAACUAUUGCUGAGAAAAACCUCCCUAAGGAAAUUGAAUUGAAGGCGACUUUGGAUGAAAAACGUAAUCAAUUAAAUGUUUACAGAAACUAUUUACAGGAUGCUAUCUCUCACCAGCAGGACCUGAGUGACUUAGAAUCUCGUGCACAGAACCUACCUGACAUUACAAAGAAUGUAAUAAAAGAAAUUAAUCAACUCAAACAAAGACAUGACGCUAUUCUCGCAAGAGCAAAAUCAUUUGUUGAACAAUAUGAAGCUAUUGUUAAUAAUCAUCAACAAUAUACGAAAGCUGUUAUGGACCUCCAGGAAUGGGUUGAAGCUACUCAUAAUACGGCACAAUUAUGGGGUGAUAUCAAUUUAGAAAGAGUAGCCUUGAGUAGUAAUUGUGAAAAAUUAAAAUCAUUGCAAGUUAAUUUACCAGAAGAAAAGAAUCGUAUUGAUAAAAUACGUUCCUUAGGCGAAAAAGUUCUGCCUGGUACAGUAAGCAGCGGGCAAGCUAAUAUUAGGAAUCAAAUUGAUGCUUCUCACCAAGAAUGGGAAGGUUUAAUUUCAUUUAUUAACAAAACAAUAGAAGGCUUAGAGAACAAAAUUCAACAAUGGAACGAGUAUGAAAAUAUGAAAGAUCAAUGUCUAGCUUGGAUCAGAAAUACUGACAAUCAAAUUCACGCUGUAGAUCUUAAAGCAACGCUAGCAGAAAAACAAGACCAAUACAGUAAAUUCCAAGAACUUCAAGGAGAAGUACGUGCAAAAGAACUAGAAAUUGACAACAUCACAGAGAAGGCUCAACAUCUCUAUACAGGGAUGCUUGGACCUCGCGGUUCACAAAUAUCUGACCUUACUGUAAAAUAUCAAACAUUAUCUCAAAAAGUAAAAGACCUUACUAAUAGAUGGCAGCAGUAUGUGAAAACACAUCAAGAGUUUACUACCAAUGUUGCCGAGUGUUCGCAAUGGAUUGAAGAGUUAAGAGACAAAUUAGACUUUUGCUCAGAUUUAAGUUCUUGUUCUCAAGAUGAUCUAGAAACAAAAUUAGUCCUUAUACAAAAUCUAUUACUUUCAAAAGACGAAGGAUUCACUAAAGUUCAAUCUUUGGUUGAACUGGCGCAAAACGUCAUGGCAAAUACUGCUCCUGCUGGGCACGAAGCCAUCAAUAACUCAUUAAUCAACUUACAAGAACAAUGGUCAGCCUUACUAUCAAGAAUGAUUGAAACUAAGAAUAUGUUAGAUGAUUCUGUAACUAAAUGGGCUGGUUUCUUAGAACAAAUUCAAUUUGUUGACAAAAGUAAUGCAUGGCUUGAGAACAUGCUGUCUGAAUUAACUCCUUUCGAAAGCUCAAUGACCGAUAAGCGGGCACAAUUAGAAAAACUUAAAGAAGUUGAGGAAAAAGCACGAUGUGAUCGCUUGGACGUUGACACAUUGAAAGCUAAAGCCGCAGAAAUGAUAGCCAGUGGGCAACAAAAUCAAGCAGCAACCAGAGCUCAGGAGGCUCUUAACAAAUUUGAUUCGCUGUACGAUAAAAUCAAAAAGUUACUUUCAGAUCGUGAAGAACAAUAUAAGGAUCAUCGACUAUAUAAAGAAGCACAUGAUGAGUUGAUUCAGUGGUUGAGCAGAGCUAGAGAAAAAGUUCCUUCCUUAAAAUCAAAACCGCUGAGUGACAAACUAGCAAUUGAAAAUGCUGUGGCCCCACUUGAUGCUCUAAUUAAUAAACAAGCUCAAGGAGAAUUGUUAUUAGAGCACUUACAACAUACUGGUGAAGUAGUCUUAGCUAGUACAUCACCGGAAGGACAGACUACAAUAAAAAAUGAAAUGAAAGCAUUAAAAGAAAGCUUUGAUGAUCUUUUCAACGAGAUAAAACAGCAAAAAAGUCAGUUAGAGAAAACUGUCAGUCAGUGGCGCGAAUACAAAGAUGAAUACGAAAGGCUUUCUGAUUGGUUGCAACAAAAAGAGAUUCUUAUCAAAAAUCAAAAAUUAGCUUUACUCGGAACAGCUAAAGAAAAGGGUGCUCAAGUUAAUGAGGUUAAGGAAAUAGUUGACCAGCUCAAUAAGGGCAAGGCUGAGAUUGAUAAAUUCAAUGCUUCAGCAUCCGACCUUCUUUCAUCACAUCUUGACACCUAUGUUAACAAUCAGUUACGCCAUCUGAAUUCCAGGUACCAAGUUUUGGUGAAUAUGGCAAAUGAUGUUCUAAAGAAGGUGGAAACCAAUUAUGAACAGCAUCAAAACUAUGAUGAUAACUAUGUUAAAACAAAGAAAUGGAUUGACGAUGCUUGGGAGAUUACCCGUAGCGGCAGCGAAGCAGGAAGCAACAGUAGCAAAGAGGCUUUACAGAAACGUUUAGAACAAAUCGAGGAUCUCUUAAAACGUCGUGAGGAGGGCCAGAACCUUGUUCACGCCACUGUCAACAGCGGGGAGAAAGUUUUGAGAAACACUAGAUCAGAUGGCAAAGACAAAAUCAACACUGAAUUAAAAGAGUUACAAAACGAGUGGGACCGUCUCGUUAAGAAAAUGACCACCGCCAAGGUUCAUUUAGAGACUGCAUUACUUCAAUGGGCUGAUUACAGCUCUAGUUACUCACAAUUGCAGCAAUGGAUCUCCGAUAGAGAAGCAAAAUUACAGGAAGUGUGCGAGCAGAAAGUGGCCAAGUCUAAGAAAGGCCAGGAUCGUUUGCCUGGCCUAACCACGGGUCUCAGCCUCGGGGAAAGAAAAGCCACACUUCGUCAAACAAACAAUAUUGUGCAAGAUAUCGUUUCGUUUGAACCCAUGAUACAGUCUGUAACUUCCAAGGCUUCAGAGUUAAUGCAGCAAGCACCUGCGUCCGAAAUUACCAGCAAAUACGAAACGUUGUCCAAGCAAGCCAAAGACUUGUAUGAAAAACAGAAGGAAACGGUUGAACAACAUCAGGCGUUUAUCGAUGCAGGUACAGAUUUCGUCCAGUGGAUCAGAGCCGCUAGGGAAAGAUUAGGUAAAUGUUCCGAUGCGACCGGAGACAAGGAAUCUUUAAGCAGCAAAAUAUCUCAACUGAAGGUAUUAGAAAGUGAACUUCCCGAGGGUCAGAAGAAGCUGCAGAAGGCCCUUGAAUUAGGAGAAAUUUCUUGCAGUCUAGCUGAUGAUGACGACAAAGAAGAGAUUGAGGAGGAAGUGGCUCUCUUACAAGAAGAGUUCGAUACCUAUGUAGAGCAACUAAACAGCACUAAAGCCUUGAUAGAAGGAGGUAUCGUAAAGUGGACAGAAUAUGAAGAGCAGUACAAGGAAGCCUUGGAUUGGUUGUCGAAGACUGAAAAACUUGUUCAAUCAUUCAACAAAUUGCAGAACAAUCUGGAACAAAAGAAAGUUGUCCUUGAAGAAUUUCAGGGCCACCUGCAAACAUUGUUUGAUUGGCAAACCGAGUUGGACAAGCUUAAUAUGCGGGCGCAGACACUCCUGGAGACCUGCGCCGAUACCAGGAUCUCAAACGGGAUCACCCAAUUGACUACCAAGUAUAACGCUCUACUGUCCUUAGCCAAGGAGGUCAUGAAGCGACUCGAGCUGCACUACCAGGAACACCAACAGCACAAUGCCCUGUACGGGGAGUGCCAGGACUGGUUGGACAGAACACGCGAGAAGCUCAACCAGUGCGCCGACAUACCGAACAACCUGCAAGAGGUCAACACGAAACUCAACACCGUCAAGCUGCUGCGGCAGUCGCUGGAACAGGGGCAGAACAAGCUGCGCUACCUCCUGGAGCUGAAGGAGAAGGUGAUAAUGAACACGGAGCAAGCAGGCGCGGCGAAGAUCCAAGAGGAUACGGACAACUUGAAACAGGAGUUCGACAAGCUGAUCGCAGACCUGCAGGACGUGCGCAACAAGCUCACCAGUAGGGCGUCGCAGUUUGAUGACAUUUCCAAGAUCCACAAGCUUCUCGUGGAGUGGCUUAACGACAUCGACCAGAAGAUCCAGUCCGACGACUCGCUCCUUAACGACCUCUCAGAGAAGAAGGCCAAGCUUGAGAAGUUCAGGACGUUUAACAGGGACAUCGACUCCCACAAAGACCUCGUCAACAAACUAAACGAGAAGCUGCAAGACGACGCUUCUCUCAAAUCUAAAGACAUCGAUGAGACCCUGAAGAGGUACGGUGACAUCAGGAAGACUGUCAAUGAUAUGAUUGGCAAACUCGAGGACUAUGUGAACUCGCAUAUCCAAUACAAAGAGUCGUACGACAGCUUCUACGACUGGAUACGCAAUUGUAAGAUAGAGAUCCAACAAUGCUCGGACUCGCACGGGGAGAAGAAGGAGGUCCAGAAGAAACUGAAAAACGUGAACAAAAUCAUCGAAUCGCUGCCGAAAGGGGAGGCCUUGCUAAAGAAGGCAAUUCAGCUUAGCGAAGCUGUGAUGGAGACAACAGGCAACGAAGGAAAGGACAACAUAAACCAAGAGAUAAAGCAGUUGAAGAUCGAGUGGGAGAACUUGCAGCACAUAUGCAAGGACACUAAGAAGCUGCUGGAGAAAUGCCUCGCGGCUUGGUCAGAUUUCCUGGAGACUUCGGAGAAGAUGAGCAAGUGGGUGAAGGAUUUCGACGGAAAGUUGGCCACCGUCCAAAAAGUCGACAAGAUCACUCCCGAAUACCUUGACAAGUGUCGCGAUUUACUGGCCCAAGCGCUUGCAAACAAACACGUCUUAGAAGAGCUUAACGAUAGAUGCGAAAACCUUAUGGAGCUCAGUGCAUGUGCCUGGGUCCGGGACAAAACUGUAAACCUGCAGACCGAAUACACAUCCUUAUUGACCAAGAUACAGAGUCUUGUUUCUAAUGGCGAGAAGAAUUUAUCAGACCACACCGAGUUUAUUAAGGCCAAGGAGGAGCUCCAGCAGUGGUUGGAGACUGCUCAUGGCACUGUACAGGACUCCAUCGGAGUUGGUGACAUUGAAACCACGAAAGACAAACUAGAGACGGUUAAACUGGUUAACAACAGAAUGACCGAGGGUCACCAUCUGUUAGUGGUCCUGCAAGAGGCUUUCAAGAAGGCUCUCAACAACACACCACCCGAAGAACAGGACGGCCUGAGAAAUGACGUUCAGGUCCUUCAAGAAAGCUGGGAUCAGCUGAAGAUUGACCUGAACUCUAUAACCGCUCAGCUUAAGGCGGCGAUCGGAAAAUGGGAGGACUUCGAAGAGUCGAAGAACAAACUAAACCAAUGGAUCGACGAAACCGAAAAGAAUCUGGACAAAGUUCCGCCCACAGGCGGAGAACUCGGCGAAAUGAAGACCCUGCUCGAGAAGUACAAACACAUAGAGGACGAAAUCGACAAUAAGAAGCCUGAACUCGACAGGCUCAAGGGCGAGGCGGCCGAACUCAGUGGAUGGGCGAGGAAGCCGGCCGUCAAACAGUCCGUGGCGGAGAUCGAGAAGAGGUGCAACGCGCUGAAAGCGAAAUGCGCCGCGAAGAAGGCCGAGCUGGAGGGCGAGAUCAAGGACUACAACCAGUACCACCAAUCGCUGCAGGAUACGGAGAAGUGGCUGCUGCAGGUGUCCUUCCAGCUGAUGGCGCACAACUCCCUCUACAUCGCGAACCGCGAGCAGACCGAGGAGCAGCUGGCCCAGCACGCGCUCCUGCUGGACGACGUGCAGAAGUACCGGGCCACGUUGGACGAGCUGGAGGCGAAAGGGCGCGCGCAGGUGGACCGCUACGAGGCGGCCACGCCCGCCAUACGGGACACCGUGGCGCGGCAGCUGAAGAACGUGAACGACAGCCACAAGAGCCUGCUGGCGACCGCGUUGCAGAUCGAGCGGCGCCUCCGCGAGGGGCUCGCCAAGUUCAAGGAGUACGAGGACACCCUCGAGAGCAUCCUGAACAACCUGGACGAGUGCGAGCCCGCCAUCACCGAGCUGGACGUGCCCGUGGAUGGGCUCGCCCACGGACGCGAUCUCCUGGACAAGGCUAGGGCGCUGCACAACCGGCUGCAGGGCGAGAAGGCGCGCCUGUCGGCGGCCGUGGCGGCCUGCUCGGCGGCGGCGGCGUCCGUGUCGCGGCCCGCCUCGCCCGCGGACAGCGCGCCGCUGCCCGUGCCGCCGCGCGAGCUGCACGCGCGCGCCCGCCUCGAGGACCUCAUAGACCAGAAACGCAUUGGCGAGGUGUCCGGUGCGCCGCGUGUCGAUGUGUUGCUUAAGAGCCUCGAAGCGCCGGAGUUCUCCGAGAAAAUGGUCUCGUUCGAGAGCAAGGUGCAAAGCCAUUUGGAGACCCUCGGUGACGCCGUCCACGGAAUGGAGGAGGCCAUGAAGCAAGUCCUGGAGAUCCAGGAAUGGAUAAACGUCCACAAGGCCUUGGCCCACGACUGGCUGUCUAAUCCGUCCAAGCUCAGACCAGAGGCGGCCAAAAACGACAUGGCCGCUAUGAACGACGCCUUAGCUUCGUUGGCCGAAAAAAGAAAUAGACUGCUGACUGAAAUACCCACAGAAGGUUUGGAAGAUGAAAUCAACCUAGAGGAAGAAUUAGACAGCCUCGAGAAAACAAUCCUUCGAGCCAUCGAAAGAGAAAAGUCUAACCAAGGCAUUAUUGACGACUUCCGUCAUAAAUGCCAGGAGAUCCACGACUGGUUCGACUCUGUUUUGAAGAAGAUGUGUCUCGCAGACAAGGGGUCUGGACUUCCGUGCCCACAGAAACUAAGCGCUUUGAAAGAGCUAUCGUCUGAGUUUGGCCAAGCAGGCAAAGAUAAAGUCGACAAUAUUAAGACGGUUGGUUCGCAAGUGAUCAACAUUGUUAGUAACUUGGAGUCACAGCAAGUAGAAGAACAAAUGAAAUCUGUCGAGAGGAGAUACAACGACAUUGCUAAAAGAAUUCAGCGCAAGCUACAGAUGCUGGAGAUCACAUAUAAAGCUAUCGACGGAACUAAAAGCGAAGUCAACGCUCAGAAUGAAUGGUUACAAAAGGAAAUCGAUAACAUUCACCAUCCAGAACCCCUGGGAUACGAGAGUAAGGCGGUAAAAGACAGACAAAAGAAGAUUGCGAACCUAUUGAAAGAGACCGAUGGUAAGAAAACGGUCAUUGAUUCACUAGAAAAGAAAGUCAGCAACAUCCAAGCUGAGCUUGAGCCUUCUGAACAAAUGCAACUUGAAUCGGAGCUAUCUGAACUCGCUUCCAAACAGAAACAGCUCGCCUCCCUCAUCAAACAGGAGAUCGAAAGGUUAAGUGGAUGCGCUGAAGUGAGGAAGAAGUUAGAGAAUGACAUUGAAAAGGCGAAGAAUUGGCUCAAAUCUAAAUUAGCCGAAAUCAAAAAGCUCGGAGGGCCCGUCCCGUUGGAGGUCGCUAAGGUGGAGAAAGAAAUUGCUGUUCACAAGAAACACCAAAGUGAGCUAGCAGAUUUCCAUAAUGAUACUCUGUCUGAAGUUAUUCGUCAAGGUAAUGCAGUGACCAAAGACUGCUCGGCCGAAGAUCGAGCGAAGUUGCAAGGUGUCUUGGAAGGUCUGAACAAGUCUUAUACAUCAGCUAAAGUGGACAUUGACGACAAGCUUGCGGCAUUAAAUAAAUUACUACAAGGCAGGAAUGAAUUUGAGAAUGAUGUAGCAAAAUGCCAGAGCUGGUUGAACGAGGCCGAAGUGGCAGCCACUCCUGAGCUCCGCACUACCAGUCUACAGCUCUUAGAAGAGCAGCUGGCUAAGUUUGAAAAACUUAGCAAAGAAGCCGAAGACGUUGAGAAGAACAUCACGAAAAUCAAGGACAAAUCAAAGGACAUCAUGGACACGUUGUCCGACUCGAAUAAGCUUCAACUCAAGGAACAAGUGAACGUCCUAUCCGACAAAUUCGCCAGGAUUAAUGCCAUCAUAAACGACAAGAAGAACAUCUUGAUCAAACACAUUAAAGAGUACAAAGACGCCGCCGCUAAGAUCGCUGCUGCCCUCGAAUUCUUGAACGAGAUCCAGAACAAACUGAAGGCUCUCAACAAGCCGAUAGGUAGUAAAGUCGAGGACGUGCAACCAAUUAUCCAAGCGUACGAAUCCAUCCUCGCCGAUCUCAAGAAGAACAAGUCGAUGCUUAACGAACUGCAGGGAGGCAACUUGCACGACCUACAAGACAUACUCACCCAACAGGACGACUUAAUGAGCACCAUCGAAGAUCAGAUAUCGAAGCUCAAGCAGCUCUUGCUACUGCGGGAGCAGUUCUUCGCCCUCGUGAAGGAAAUAGAGGAGUUCGUUGCGAAAUACACCGACGUCACCGCCGAAAUCGAAAGGUCGAGCGACUCGCUGGAGGACAAGAUCAAGCGCUACGAUGACAUCAUUGUGAAGAUCCAAGGGUGCGAGGCGCUCCUAGCCACUGCGACGGACAAAGGCCAGCAAAUCGCCGCCGAAGGCACUGUCAUCGACCGGAAUAACAUUACGGAGCUGUUGCAGUCGUUGAAACAGCAACUCCUAACGCUAAGGAGGACCGUCGAGUCGAAGAGGCAGGAGCACGAGAGGGCCGCGGCCGAACAUAAGAAACUCGCCGCAGACCUUUCAGAAAUACUGCAAUGGCUUCACGACAACGAGACUGCUGUACAUUCGCGUCCGCUGUUGAACAGAGACGUGGCGAGCGUCGACAAGACGCUGGUCGAACAUGCAACCCUAGCGAAGAACGUACAGUCUUAUCUCGACAAGUUCACGAAGAUCAGUGACGUCAUUAAGGGCGACGACGGCGUGCCCGGCUCCCUCCUCGAAAUGGUCUCAGAGGGCAACUCCCUUAAGACGUCCUUGCCCGCCGAACUGGCCAACAGGGAGAAACAUCUGAAAGACAACAAAAAGUACAGGCAGCAGUACAUCCAGAUGGUAGAAAAGCUGAACAUUUGGGUGAACGAAGCGGGCAUCAGGCUGGACAUGGGCAAAAAUGGCACAGACUUCGAGAACAUCGAGUCCGACCUGGAGGAGCACAAAUCGUUCUUCAACGCGUCCGAGCCGGAGAUGAAAGACUUGGUCGGCAAGAAGAUGCAGGACGUCGUGGACAAGAUCUGGCCGUCUCUGACCGCCUCCGAGCAGGAAGAGCUCUCCAAAGACCACCAGAAGCACAACCAGCUUCUGAAGAACACGCUGAACUCGGCCAAGUCGCGCCAAGCGCAGCUGGAACAGGACUUGGAGAUCUGGAAGGACUUCUGCCAGCUGGUGGAGAAGAUCAAAGCACUCCUUGACAAGAAUGACAUCAAGGACGAGGCGGUCACAACGGUGGACGCUUUGCGGAUGCAUCUGGAGAAACUGAACCACGCCAAGAACGAUCUAGAGAACCAGCAGCCGCUCCUGGACGUGGUGCGGGAGCGGGCUCGGGAGAUUUGCAGCGGCGCUGACGCCGCCAGUGGCGAGAGGGUCGAGCAGAAGACCAGGGAGCUCGCCGACCGCUGGAACGUUGCGUGCGAGGACCUCGCCAAGCGCGCGACGACAGCGGACAGUCAGCUGCAGCGUUGGACCCAGCUCCUGGACAACCAGCGGAGCUUGGCUGCAGCCGUUACCGCCGCCUCGGACCGCCUGCGCCAGUUGGACGCCAGCCCCAGCACCAGGCGGCGAGCCAUUGACACGAGACAUGCCCUGCAGGAGCUGCACACGGACGUUUUUGGACUGGAAGAGAGCAGGGACGAUCUCCUGGAGCACGCCGACUUCGUCGUGAGCAUCCUGAAAUCGCACUCCAAGGAGGCCGCCGAGGACACGGAGAAAUCCGUCAGGGAGACGGUGGAGGCGUAUGAGAAACAUACCCUGGCGUCGUCCAGUUUAUUGCUCCAACUGGGGAUCGCUCAACUUCAGCCUUAUGGCAUAUGUAAUAAGGUGCAUUAUCUUAAACCGUCGGUGGUGUAUUACUCGUACAUCCUUACCGAGGGCCCGUACACGGGUGUCUGUGCAAUCGUUAGCCGCUACGCAUCUCGCUUGGGCCGGGGCGGUGGGCGCAUGCGCGGUGCGCAGUUAACGGGUCACGGCCCGCACUGUGUACCGGCAUACCGGCUCCGAGCGCACUACGCCUCAGUGCAAUCCACUCCCCCGCUCGUCGCGAAUGCAAUGUGCAUUGGUACUGUGAACGUUUCGGCGGCGUCAAUGGCGGCUCAACGUGCAGCGGGCCCGGCCCAUACCGUCGCUCUUUUGGCAGCGGCCGCAUUAGUGUUUACCUCGCCCACAUGCGCCGCGCCGGCCGGCUAUGGCCGCCGCUCGGCGCAUGCCCUCUGCUCCCCUCUCGGCCGUUGCGCAAUACGCGAAUUAUCUGACCGCGAGCCGCACAAUAGGAUCUGUCACGUCGCCGCUCGCGACACGCGGCUCGGGAGCGGGCGAGCGCGGCGCGGCGGCGGGUUCAUUGAGCGACGGGCGGGCGAUGCGAGCGGAGCGCCGCUGGCCGCCGGCGACCGAACACGAGGUGCGACCUUGCGCGUCACGCCGCCGCCGCCGCGUCACGCUGCGCGCGGAUUAUUUUCAUUGCGACAGACUCUUGCGGCGAGGCUCGCGGAGAUCGACGACAUUGUGUCCGAAUUCGACCGCGUUGCGGAGAACAUUGAGAAGCUGCGGCAGCUGAUCGAGGUGUUCAUAGCGAAGGUCGGCACCUUCUACGUAUUCGGGGAGGACGACGAGGGAGGAGUGCGUGAGCUCACCGCCGAGGUUUCGGAGUUGGUGGGGCGCACCAAGGCGUUCACGGAGGAGAGCAGGAGGCGCUACGGCGGCUCCGCCCCGGCGGACGUGGCGCAGGAGCUGUCUGCGCUAGAGCUAUCCGCCGAGGCACUGGCGGCCGCCAUGGAGGAGAAGGAGAGGGAGUGGAAGCGCGCUCGCACGGCUCGCGGCGAGUACGCGACCGAUGUGGAGAGCGUGCAGGCGUGGCUGCGCGCGGCCGAGCUCACCGCCAGGGACCGGACGCUGCCGCCGGAGCCCUACAGGGAGCGGCUGGUCGCCACCAGGUCCGAGGUGCCGAGCGUCGCGGACCGCUUGGAGAGGCUGACGCGGAACGCCCGCGCCAUCGUGGAGGGCAGCCGCGACGCUGGCGAGCGCCAACUGGUGCAGUCCACCGUUCUGGCGCUGACGGACAGGUUCGCGGCCGUUUGCGGCGAGCUCGAGGCGCGCCAAGCGGCCGUCGAGGACGCGUGCGACGCCGUGGCCAGGUUCCUCGCGUUGCUCGAGAAGGUCCUCCUCUGGGUAGAAACUCAACGCGCGUUCCUCGCGCGGCCACUCCCGUUGGCCGACUUGCAGGAGGCGCAACAGAAACAGACUGAAUAUGGGAAUGCACUCAAGAGCUGUAAGCAGCAAGCGAAGAAUCUCGCCGAUAUGGCUAAGGAAAUAGAGGCUAUAGAACGUGUUACUAGUCCAGGGGACUUGCCCUCAAGGCUCGAAGCGGCAGAGAACGCCACCGUUGAUGUCGAAAAGAAACUGGCUAAGACUAAUGGUCUACUUCAAGAGUUGGCCGAAGAAUGGGAGAGAUGCGAGAAGAAAUUAAAGGACGUCGGUCACUGGCUGGAAGCCACCACACGGACCAUAGAGGCACCGCAAAACGCGAAGAAGCCCCUCAGGGAUCGGCUCGCACUGCGAGAGAAAUUGAUUAACGAUAUAUCUACUCAGAAAACUAAGAUCUCUUACUCGGUCGAGAAGCUUAACGUGCACUUCGGGCCGGACGGCGUGGCGUCGCAGUCGCGCGCGCCCGAGGGAGUGCAGCGCGCCGCCGCCGAGCUGUGCGCAGCGCUCGACGCGCUGGGCGAGCAGACCGGCGCGCAGGCCCGCCAGCUGUCCGCAGCGCUGCAGCAGCUGGACGCGUACUGCGCAGAGCUGGCCCGCCUGCGCUCGCAGCUGCUCGACGCCGAGCAGCAGCUGCGCCACGCCGCGCAGCCCAACUACAGCCCGCGCGAGCCGGAGCGCGCGCAGCGGCAGCAGCAGGAGGUCACCCGGCGUAUCGAAGAGCUGACUCGGUGUAUCUACGAGCUGGACCCGUUCGUGGGCGGCGGCGACGAGGCGGCGGCCACGUUGGGCCUGCUGCUGGAGGCGGGCGAGCGCGCGCGCGCCGAGCGCCGCCCCCGCUCGCCGCACCCCCCGCGCGCCACGCCCACCCCCGGCACCACCUACGCCGAGAUAGUCAAGGGCUUCAGCUCACGCUCGAGCUCGGUCGGCUCCAGGCAGCCCAGUGCGCAGAGAGUGCCCCACGAGCCCGCCCACGACUGGCCCCGACACCCAACCCCCGCCGAGGAGGAGUCCGAUCCCAGUGAAACGUGCGCACUUGUGCCGAGUGUCGGCAGUGAAAUGGCCAACGAGCCAAGUAGUGGUGGUCCAUUAAGUGAGGCCGUCGACGAUGUCAGUGAAAGUGACGCGAAUACUCCCGACCCGAUUGUUCACCACGCGCCCUACUUGGAAGAAAAUAUUGAUAGAACACAUUUAUCUACGGAAUUUCAAGAGGAUUCAGGAGUCCAAAGUUCUGAUUUUGCGACUUCUAUGAAAAACGUACACCAAGAUCUGAGCCAUGCCGAAUUAAGGCCACCAGAGUAUCAUGACAGAUCUUUGAGUCCCGCUUCGAGAUUAAGAUCUCAAGAUCUAUCUUAUGCAGAGAUUCUAGCGCUUGGACUACGAAAACAAGCAAACAGCCAAAAUACAAUAGCUCUACCGAAACCACAGGUAGCGGAAGUGGAAAUGGUGAAAGAAAUAGUUGUAGAAGUAGAGAAAGCUCCUUCCCUCAUAAAACAGGAGCCUAGAACAGAUUCCUCACGCUUAAAAACUCACAGGCCUGAACGUCCAUUCCAACGUAGUCGUUCUAGGGAUAUGCCAAGGCAGAGACGUGCUCCUGAAAAGCGACCGACUAAAUCAUAUGACUUACAAAUUAUUAAAAAAAAGAAACCCACAAAAAAAGUGAUUGAAGUAGAGAACUUUGAUGACUCCACCGAAUUACAGGUAUUGGAAACAACUGAUACCAGCACGAUUGCAAGCUCAUCUAUUAAAAAAGUCGAUGAACCUAAACUUGAAAAACCUGGUAAAGAGAUAACAAAAAAAGUUCAACACAGUGCAACUGUUAUUGAAACUGUUGCAGAAAAAGUCACGGAUGGAGAAGAAAAUUAUCCUCCCAAAACAGAAGUAGAAUAUAAAAAAACUAAAAAGAAAAAUAAACAUAAAAAGCUAAAAGAAUCAGAUGAUGAAAUAGAGAAAGCUCUCAAAGAAAUUGAAGAGUCUGAUAGACAUAAAAAAAGAAAAAUUAAAGAUAACCAUGACAAAAGCAAAGAAGUUUUUAAAGGUAGAAGAUUAGAUGAAUCUGUGGAUAAAGAAGCUAAUAAGAAAAGUUUAGAAUUGAAAGAGAAUCCUAAUAAACAAAAGAAAAAGAAAUUUUCUAAGGAUUUACAAACUGCUAGAAGUAGCCAGGACAAUUCGGGGAGGUCUAUGGGCUCUGAUCAGCAGACUUCCCCACGGAAUGUUGAACAAUGUACAAAAAUUACAAAACAAGAGGAAAUACUUACAGAAAAUGAGUUUACCAAAUUACACUCGUUAGAUACACAACCUUUAGAAUGGUCUGAUAAAAGCAAUGAAUUUGAUGGAAAUAAUGUUAAGGCGAAUGAUGUGGCAAAUAUACCGUCGUUGCCGCUAUCGAAAAUGUAUGAAGAUGAAAGCAAAAAUAUGAAAAGUGAGAACGAAAUUAUAAGAGAAACAACAAAUGUUUUUAUUCAAAAGGAGAUGAGUACUCAUGCGGCAACUUCAGCAUUGUGUACUAAAACCGAGGAAUCUAGUGUAACUUGUAGUUUUGAUAAUCGUAAAAAUGUUAAUUAUAGUAAAGAAGGAAUAGAAAUAGAAACGGAGAUAACAUCUAAACAAAAGAAAAAGAGAAAGAAUAAAAAACAAAGUCAAAGUGCUGAAUAUGACCAAAUCAAAUCGAUUAAAACUGAAGCCAUUGAAACAGUGGUCGAAGAAAAUAUUAAACUAGUUGAACCAAUUCAUAAAGUAUUGAAACAAGACGAUAUUCAAACAACCGAAUCUUAUGAUUCUGUUAAAGAACUGUUACUGGAUACAGAUAAUCAUGACGAGGAUAUUAAUGACACUAUACAUUCUAAAAAGAAAACAAACCCGAAAGACCUUGAUUCCAAUGAAAACGACAAGCCAAUUGAACACAGAAUUUCUCAAAAUUUACCAGUUGAAAAAGUUUCAGAAGACAAAAAAAAUUUGGAAAACUUACAGGAAGAGCAAUUUACAGAAGUAAAGGGACACAAAAAGAGUAAAAAAUCGAAAAAUGUUGAUGAUGAAAAAGAAAAGAUUCUGAAAUCGACAGAACAUGUUUCUAAGAAUAAAUCGAAAGAGAAAAUUGUUAAAUCUAUAGAUAAAGUGCAAAAUACAUCUUUUGUAAAUAUUAACGAUAAUGAGGCCAGUGGCUCGCAAGAAGAGUUCAAAGCGUCAAAUGACAAAGAAAAAAAUCUAGAUUACUAUAACAAAGUUCAUAAUUAUCUUGUUACAAUGGACUGGAAUACUUUAAUGGCCGAAGAAGAAAGUAUUGUAGAAUCUGAACUAUCACCAAUUAGUCAACCAACUUGCGAAACUGAGACUUGUCAAACAAAUAUACAGGUAGCGACAGAGGUUACUAUUCUUCCCGAAAUAAUAGACUUAUCGAGCAUUAAAACCAAAAAUGAAGAAUUCAUACACUGUCAGCAAGUCUCUGAAGGAAACCAAAAUGCAAAAGAUGACACAGCUGAUUCUGAAGAACAGAAUAACAAUGAUAAACUUGAAAACUCUCCAAAAGGCAGCUCGUUUAAUAUUGUGGAGGAAAUCACAAGAUAUGAGCCAAUAAUGGAAGAUGUUGAAACACGUACGAUUUAUUUGAUAACACAUGAAGAAAAGAAAUUGCCGCCUAUAAGAACAGUUAAAAUUUUUAGUUCCAAAAGUAACUCUUUGGAUAAUGAAUCUCAACUUGAAAUAACUCCUAACAAGAUCAUCGACGAUCAUGUCGAUACGCCUGUAAAUGUUGACAAUAUUUUAGAGGAAGAGCUUAUAGGAAAUGAUCUCAUUAAGGAAAGAUGCGAACAAACUGAUGAUUCAGAUUCAAAUGUUAUGUCAAAGAAGCAUUCUUUAAAUGUAUCCGAUGACAAUUUUGCAUCGGAAGAAAGCAUUAAAAAUGUUUUGAAAUCUGAACAUGUUACAGUGGAAUUUGAAAAAGACAAAAUAAAUCCUACCGAGGACAUUAAAAACGAAGAAAACCUGACUGAUACAUUAAAUAAAGAAAAUGAAGACUCGGUGUCCUUAGAAACGGUCUGUCAUAAUAUCGUAAAUAUAUCUCCACACGUAGAAGAGUUUACUGACACUCUUCUGGAACAUGCUAUUUUUGGAUCUGUUCAAGAUCGUAAAAGAGCAGCGCCAUCCAGAUCGCAUACAAUCCCAUAUCAAGAACUGAUUGAAGAUAUAAAAACGUAUUCAUUUAACAUUGACGUGGACAAAAUGGAUUACGAUUACCACCAGAUAAUGGACGAAGAUUUUACUACCACGGAAGAUACAAUUAAAGCUGAGGACCAAGAAGUAAGUUCACAAAAUAAUGAUGGUAUAGUUCAGCAAGUACUCGCAAAUGUUUAUGAGGAAGUGAUUGAUGAGGAGAGUUCUUUAUCAACCUUCCCUAAAGUUGAAGUGCCUAAUCGUCACUUAAAUGAAAUAAUUGAAGAUAAAAAUUUAAUGUUGACGGUAUCUGAGUCCGAAUCUGUAAAAGCAAGACAUAAAAAUGAAUAUCCGAUUCACGAUGUGGAGGUUGUUUUGGCAGAAAAUCCUAUUAGCGAAGGACAGUCCGAAAUUUAUAAUUUUGUCACAGAUAACAAGCAAUUAGAAAUGUUUCCUACUACGUACUUAGAAAUUAUUAUUGGAGCUCAAGACCAUAAUAGCGAUAUAGAAAAGUUGAAACAAACACCUGAGUUCAACGAUAAUGGUAGUGCUGCAGGCACAUUUGAAAAAUCCUUCAAUACUGAUGAAAUUGAUGUAAUUACAGAAAAAGUCGAGUACGAAAAACCUGAAUCUUUAGAAAACCAAGCGGAUUUGAAGUCAGAAAAACGUGUUGAAGCCCUAGCUAGUGAUAUUCCCCGUUUUAAUUAUCAGGAAAUAGCGGACUCGGAAAAAUAUUUUGCUAUGAAUGUUCACUAUCCAGUCGAUUUCGUAAACGAAAUAGAUAGACUUGUAUGUAACAAAACAAUAGAAAAUAAAAUUGACCAACACGCUAUUGAUGUUGACAAUAGUUUUUCCACACAAAAACAAAUGGAUGAAUUUAAUUUCGAGGAUGAUUUAAGUACAUCAAACACUCAAGAAGAACUAGUUAAGCGAAUGGAAAUGGAACAAACCAUAGCUCAAAGUCUUCGACAAGAGGCUUUUUACAAUUAUUAUGACAUAUCUGAUGCAGAAAAGGGUUAUCAUUCUCUUAAUAAAGCUCAGUCGAAUCAAAGUGAUGUACUGUCUGUCGCAAAUAUGUCACAAAAUACAACAACUGAAUUUAACGAAGAAAGCAUCAAAACUGAAGAACGUUUAAAAUAUACAGAGAGCUUAAAUACGCCAUUACAGCAAAAUAGAUUAAGUGACACUGAUGUUUUACUUUUUGAAGUGCCUAAGUACAACCUACACGAAAUUAAUUCAGCUGAAAUUCUUCUCGGUUCUAAAAUAACUUUACAAGAAGGAGAUAAUAAAAAGACCGUCGUUUUCGAAGAAGAUCCAAGAAACAAUAGCGAUGGAAUCUUAUGUCCAGAAAGAACUGAUACUGCGCUUAACAGUCAAGCGAGUCUAGGAAACAUUGUGUGUGAUAAAAUGGAAGUGCAAAAUUACUACGAAAUAAAAGAUGCAGAGAAUGUAUUCGCCUACUAUUUAUCGAAGUCAGGACUUGAAAGUCUGGAUGCUACUAUUCAUUUACCAGAUACAAAUAACAAGGAUAAAUUGUCGAACGCACCAACGGAAUCUUUAAGUACAUCUAUUUCAAAAAUAGAAGAAAUUGGAAAUGAAAUAAAACGGGAAUUUAAUGAAAACCUCAUAAAUGAUUCUUUACAAGGAAUAAACAAAUCAGAAAACGUUAUUUAUGAGGCAUUGAAUCAUAACUAUAUGGAAUUAUGUGAAGCAGAGCGUAUUCUUGGUCGCAUUUCUACAAACUUUUCACUUCCUGUCCCUACAGAAGAAAGUAAAGAGAAUUUAGGCGAAGGCACCAAAGAAGCUGAUGAUAAAUAUUUACUUUCUGCCGGAGAUGUUCACCAAUUUGCUCAUAAUUUAUGUCCUAGAGAUACAUGUGACACAAGUGAUAAACCGAACGAUGGUGAAAUACUAGAUUCGGAAAUAAAUGUUUUAGACGAAACUACUAAUCGACAAUUCGAAAUCCCAGUAGAACCGGAAACUACUAGUUCACUGAUACCUAUUGUGUUUGGUGACAUAACUGAAGUAACGCAAUUUGCAUUAGAAAGAGACGCAUUAAAAAAGGAAGAACAUACAAAGAACGACCCCGUUCAAGUGGAAACUGCUGAACAGGUAGAAAAUGAGGACGUUAUGGAUGAUUUUGUUGUCAUAGAAGAUAUGGAUGAAAUUGAGGUGCCUUACAUUGAAAAGAAAAAUGAGAAAUUUGAUUCUCAAGUUUUGAAUACUGAUAAAAAUAUAAUGGAAGAUCUUGACUUUGAACACUCUUUUGAAGUUAUCGAAAUUGAAAAGGAUAUUUCAAUUGCAAUCAAUAGUCCGAUUGAUGAGAAAGGAGAAAAAAUAUCUGAAGAGGAGUUCCCACAUUCUAGUCUUCAUGGUAUUCAAAACUCAGAAAACAUUGAUGUUUCCUCUAAGGAAAUAGUACUUGAAACACAGGAAGACAUCGUCAAAAAUCAAAAAGACGCCCUGUCUGAAUCAUCGGAACCUCCAACUUUGCCUGAAACUAUCUCGGCGGAAUUAAUCGAACCCGAAAUAUCUUCCUCCAGCUGUACUAAUACUUUUAAUGUUGACGAUACGCUUGGACAUCCCAGUAACGCAACAAGUACGGACUCAUACAUAAAUUUAGAUUCAACAAAUUUAGCGAGUGAUUUCAAACCAAAUGAAUCUACCUUGCCUGAUAAAAAAACUAUUAACCGACUUGAAAAAUCACCAAUCCAUAGUUUACAUGACCUUCUCCCGGAAAUUGAUUCCAUACCUGAGUUUAAGCCAUCCUUUUCAACUACUGUACUUAAUUCAAAACUAUCUGCAGACGCACCUGAAUUUACACCUUCUUAUAUGUAUCAAACACCUGACCCUAUGCCUAAAUGUGUAAUAGUUGAUACUGAAAAGUUACUAUUUUCUGAUAAGCAAGAUAGUCUUCAAAAAGAUGAACAAGAAGUUAAACCAUUAACUUAUUCUUCAAUUCUUACUACAAAGAAAGAAAAAAUACUUCCUGAUGAUGUGAGCAAAGAUGAUGAAUCUCAUGGAAUGGAUAUGGCAUGUAAUCUUGCGGCAUCCAAUCAGGAAAGCAUUGAUACUAAAACAAAACGAAGCAAAAAGAAAAAGAAGAAGGAGGAUAAAAAAGAAAGACCUGAAACCCCUGUAAUGCUUGGCGAAAUGGACUUAUCAAAUGUGUCGAUUUCUGAUGACCGUCAAGAACAAUCAGAUACAAGCUGCACUGAAAACGUUUGGAUAAAAGAAGCAGAUGAUGGUAAAUCCUAUGCCAAAGUUUUAGCUGCAGGCUUAACUGAUAGUGAGUGUAAAGAAUCAAUACUGCCAAAUGUACAAGAUACGGAUGUUAUAAUUUCAAGUGAUCCUCCUAGAACAGAUGAUGAUGUAUCGCAAAAUAAAGAUAAUGAUUCUCUUGACACACUAGAGGAAGCUGGUAGUUAUGAAGUAGUUGGUUCUUGGGCAAAAAUUGUUGCAUCGAAUCGACCAUCGCCAGAAAGAACUCAGAAAAAUGUAGUGCAUACAGUUGAACCGGUACAUACUACAACAAGAGCUCCCAUAAUUUUAGUUGAUGACUCUGAUUCAGAACACCACAAGCCUGAAAUUGAAGUAGAUGCUGAAGGCUUUAUAAAAGUUGACCGAAAUAGACGUUCAAGAUCUAGGUCUAGAGACAAUCGUUCAGCUUCAAUAUCCAACACUGAACCAAAAAUUAAAGUGCGUGAAAAAUCUGAGAAUAGAUUUAUUGCCCUGACGAGUACAUUAAAACCCGAUGAUGGUGAUUCAAUACAAAGUAGCCAUUCUAAUGAUGAAAAAGACGAAGAGAAAAACAACCAAGAAAUGAAAGACCAAGCAAAAAGAGGGAGAAAGAGUCGUGUAUCCAAAUCUAAAGAAAAAGAAAUGAAACCAAAAGCAGUGCUAAUAGCCCCUAGUACAUCCGAUGAAGAAAAACAACCUGUAAAGAAAGAUAAAAGGAAACGAUCAUCAAAAUCGAAAGAAAAAAUAAUAAGCAAGCCUCUAGCAACUGAGUCCAUAGAAACAUUACAGGAAAUUAAAGAAGUACAACCAGAAUCACUAAAACAAGAAGCGCCGAUUCAACUUUCUCAUGAUAUUGAAGUAGAAAAUAAAAGAAAAACCAAAAAGAAAAAGAAAGAAAAGAAAGUAAUAAUGACAACUGAAACACCAUCCUCAUUUGAAAACACAUCUUCUGAACAAGAAUACAUAAAAUCUAACACGCCUAUAACUUCAAUAAAAUGUUUAGAAACUCCAAUUUCAACUCCGGAAUCUCUAGAAACACCAAUUAAAGACAGAGUUUAUUCAGAAGCUCAAUAUUGGAAAAUAGAUCCCAGUCUUAUUGAUAUUUCAAAUUCGCCUGAGAUCCUUACUGUAGAAAUAGAUGAAAAUUGCUUAAAUAAAUAUGAAAAUAUAGUAUUCAAGGUAGAGCAAUCGCCACAAAACAAUGAUAGUAUUGAAAUAAACAACACUAUUAUACAAAAUCUUCAUAACAUUUUAAAUGAGAAAGAAGGUAAUGUGAGCCCUGCAGCAGAAAAUUCAGUAAAGAUUCAAGAGCAAAGAAUAUUUGACGAACAAUCUUUGGAAAAUAAGAUGGCUGAUUUGCAAAGAGAAAUAGAAGAAAUGUUGCUCCCUGAAAAUGAAGCAUCGAUAGCGAGCGAUGAUACACCUCAAGAAUUAGUAGAUACACACGCAUCAUUAGAUGAUCAACACGACGAAACGUUUGAAAAUAUUACGCCGUGUCUCGCUUCGCCUGAACCGGAAGAUAUAACUCAAACUGAUAGUACUGUGUUGAAAGAAACCGUAUUUGCUUUGAAAGGUGUUGAAAACAAAAUAUUAAACCCUAAUACCGAUUUAGACGUACCAGAAGUAACUUCUGUUAAAGAUAUAAAGAUAGACCAAAAACUCGAUACGGAACAAUUUAAAGGUGUAGAUUCCCUAACGACUAACAUUUCACCUAAAGCCAUUACUAACAAUUUCAUUAACAUAAAAUUAGACACUUUUUGGUUUGAGAAGGCGGCAACCGAUGACGCAGAAAAACUUCUCGUUGAACAAAACAUUUCCAAUUCGGAUACAUUCGAACCUCCGUUAGUGCAAGAAUGUCAAAGCGUUGUAACUUUUAUGGAAUCCACUCCCUUACACGAUAACAUCCCGAAAAAUCUUAUUAAAGACACAACAUUUUGGCCUGAAAAACAUUUGUAUCACGACGCGGAAUGUGACUAUUUCUUCCGGUUGGCUAAUAGCGCAAAACAACAAGUUAUGGCCAACAUUGAAAUUGAAAUUACGGACAAAAAAGAUAAAGACAAAGAUCCCGGAGGUGGAUCCGGGCACUCUUCUGAAAUGGACGAACCACCAGAGUCGAGCGGUUCACCGUUUGACUCUAACUAUAUAUCUAUGGAUCUGCCCGGCGGUAUAUGUAGUUGGAAAGAUCACAGUUCUUAUUUGAGUUUAGAAACACCAUGCGAUUCGUUGAUUGGUCAGCUAAGCGAGGAUACGCCUCGCGUAGGUAUCGACAUGCCAGAGGAUAAACUAACCAACCCAUCCCUAGAACCAGUUGCCUUCCUCCCACCUGAACAGGAGCCGGCGCCAGAAGAAUCCGGAAACCGGACGACAGCCAAGGAUGAAUUGUCUAACAAUCUUGAAACGCUACUCGAGGAGGUCAGGAUUGUUCAAGCCCAGCUCUCGGAUCUCCCCAAUGAAACCCUGGACGCGAUGGAAGCUGGCCUGGUGGAGGGUAUAGCUGUUCUAGUCAAGUGCGAAGAAGCAGCGAUUCUGCUCGAACAGAAGAUAAUGGAGUACGAUUAUGAGACUGAAGUCCAGGUAUUGCUAAAAGAGCUGAUAAUUAUGAAAACAAGGAUAGCAAAACUACUAACACAAGCACGACAGGGUCUUCAAACCAUCAAGGACGCGCGGGUUGAAAUAGAACAUCAAUCUAAACAACUUGAGGAACAGAAGAAACAACUAACGAAAGUCGACACUUGGCUUGAUGUAAUUAACACCGAACUCAAUGAAACUACCAAACAAGGAAAUGUUCUUACCGAAGAAGAUAUUGUAAAAUACAUUGAAAUUUAUGAGCGCUAUGUUAGAGAAUACGAAGAAUAUGAAAUAAUUCUAAAUUCCAUUACUGUGAUAGGUCAUGACGAAUCUAGUCAGUCAACGCUGAUCAAGUUGAAUGCAUUAAGACGGGCAUUGGAAAAAUCAAAGUAUCUAGUCAUUUCUGAAAUAGAAAGAUUGAGAAAAAUUUUAAUUAAUAUUAAGUUCACACCGGAAGUUGUCGAGGAAGAAAUCUCCCAGAGUGACAGAACAAUAGAUUCUACUUCAAUGCCGGAGGAGAUUGUAUCUCCUAGGGAAACUCAGGUUAUUGAAGAAACACCAAUCGAGAAGUCAUCUCCUAUUAUAUUUGUACCUGAAAGUGAUACAAGUUUUGAAACUGAACAUGAAAUGAAAACUAAGAUUGAUGAAGUGUACGAUGAAAAGAUUAAGGAAUGUAAGAAAACAGUUGCAGUAGACACUCAAACUGGAAAAAGUUUGAUGUCUGAUAAUCCAUCUUUGCAUGACAAAUCAGUAAUAUGCGUACCAGAAGUUAAAGAAACGCAUGAUGUUUCUUUAACUUGUGCUCCACCUCAAGAUGUGGACGUACAAACAAGUGAACGAAAAUCACCAGAUAGAGAACUGUUUGAAAAUAUACAAGUGAAGCAGACAGUAUCUGAUGGUCAUGAAACAAUCAUUAUAUCCAGUCGACCUGUCGUCAGGGAAGAACCAGCUAACGAGACUUCACUUCUAGUUGGUGCUGAUUAUAAGGACGAUAACUCACGCAAAAACUCGGAACUCAAUAUAACACACAGUAUACCCCAAUCAUUUGAGACAGUAAUGGUGGAACCUGACGAAACUACCACAGAGAUUGUGGUGGAUGCUGAUGGCACAAGGAGGAUUAUUGUAAAGAAAAUAAGAAGAACAUUCGUCACAAGACAGCAAAUGGUUCAAUCAUCUGAAGAAGGUAUACCACAUGAACAAUCUUACCAACAAAUAACAUUGAAAAAAGAUGGAGGUUCUGCUUCAACGAUUUUAGGUGAUGGUGCAUUGCAAAAUGUGCAAUAUCAAACAUAUGAAGGCCAGGUUAUAUCAGGGCUUCCAGGAAGAGAAAUGACAGUUCAAGAAUUUACGUCUAAGCCAGAAAUGAUCCUGAAUGUGGAAAAAGAUAUGAGCCCAGAACAAAUAUUACAAUUAGCAGAAGGAGAAAUGCAACCGCACGUUCAAACUUCUUCUAGUGUAACAGCCGUUGUUGAACAAAUUACUAAGAGGAUUAUUAAAACUAAAAGACGUAUCAUUCGUCGCGUAGUCAUUAUUGAUGGUAAAGAACACACAACUGAUGAAAUUAUAGAAGAACCUGAUGAUGUUGAAGUGUUUGAAGAACAAAUACCUAGAGUUUCCAUUAGUGUUAAAGAAAGAAGUAUUCCUACAGAAAAAAGUGAUUCCGAUGAUGACGAUAAAAAGCAACCAUUCUGCGCAGAUGAGAUAAAAGAACAAGUUGUGAAGGAUGAGGAACAAGGUUCUAGACACAGUAAAUCAAAUGACAUUUCUGAAAAUGAUGAAGUUUCACCAAAAUCUACGGUGUACGAUGAUGAAGAACGUAAAAUUACCUCUCAACUAUUUAUAAAAAAUAAUAAACCCGAGGAGACUCAUUUGGAACCAGUACAAAAUGUGAUACAACAGUUGGAUUCACAAGGUGAAAAUAUUUUGUCGCCAACUGGUGAGGAAAUUACACAAUUGGAAUCUUCGUCUUCUCAUUGCUCUACUGUUACAAAAACGGUAACGCGAAAAAUUACUAGAACAAGAAAACGCAUCAUUAAGCAUAUACAAAUUAUUGAUGGCAAAGAACACGUUACAGAAGAAGUAAUUGAAGAACCAGAUGAUAUCGAAAUAAUUGAAGAAGACCCUGUAAUAACACACACUAGUACUGGUGAAGACAUUAAAAUGAAUAAAGUUAAACUUCUAAGACAAGUUCAAAUAGUUGAUGGUAAAGAGUAUGUUACAGAAAAAGUAAUAGAAGAGGGGGAUGAAAUGAAUACUAACGAUCCAGUAACUAUAAUUGAUCCUAAUAUUGAAGAAAGAACAAUAGAAAAACAUGAACCGAUCAAAAUAUCCUCGUCUCAAACAAUUGACACGGAUGAAAGCCAGACGGAUCUAACAUCGAAUAUGAUUCGGCAUGAAAUCGACUAUAAUGUAAUGUCAAAAUCACCUAUCCAAAAAGAAGAGACCCAGCCAAAAAUAGAAUUAUUCAACGAGUCUUUCGCUAAACCUGAGAAAAAAAAUGAUAAUGAAGACAAACUAGAAGAAAAACAAAAAACAUUAACAGAUUUAGUAGAUAGAGAUAUACAAAAAGAAAUUGGCUCGAAUGACAAUGAAUUAGUUACAGAUUAUAAUAUAAUUUCAGUGCCGUGUAUUUCAAAUGAAGGUAUUAACACACUCAGAAAUAGAACUACAAGUGAAAUAACUAGAAAACGAAUUAUUAAACAUAUUGAGAUAGUCGAUGGGAAGGAACAUAUAACGGAAGAGAUUAUAGAAGAGCCUGUAGAGGUCGAAACAAUAUUGACAGAACCUACAACGUUUACUCUUCAAGAAGAAGGUAUUAAAACUAAACAUCUAAAAAUAAUAAGAAAUGUUCAAAUAAUUGAUGGUAAAGAAAAUGUUACUGAACAAAUAGUAGAAAACUCAGGAGAUGAAUAUAUACCUGAUUCUACCAUAAAAGCUGAAAUUGACGUUAAAAUUAGUGAAUUACCGCACCCAUUUAAAGAAUCUGAGGUCCAUGAAGAAAAAUAUGGUCGGAAAGAAUCAGUGGAUAAUUUAUUAAACACUGAUUUACAACAAAUGCGUACCGCCAUUGAUGUCUCAAAAGGAUUUAUAGAAGAUCAAAUUCGCCAUUCAUUAGUGUUACAUGAUUCAUCAUGCACAAAUGACGCUCUAGAAGAAGAAAAAGCCAUAACAUUCCCAAUCCAGACCAAUGCGGGUGAAGAAAUAGUUGAUCAAUUUAAUACCAAAUCUAAAAAUUUAAGCGUGGAAUUAGCUCAUAUCAUAUCUUCUGGCGAAGAAGCGCCUUCUAUCUCCGGUGGCUAUGAAGAAAUACCAGAAAAAGUGGAAACUAAUAAGACUCCUCCAGCAUCAAGGGAAACUGAUCCACAUAAGGCUGAGGAGCAAACUCCAUCUAUGGUUACUGAGAAGUUAAUCAGCGCUAAGGAUGGAAAUGCGUUCACUGGCCCAAAACUAGAAAAACCUUUUAUGCAGCAAUCUGAAAAAGAUACUGAAGAAGGGAUUGAUAAGAAUGCUCGUUCCACUGAAACUGUAUCUGAAGCAAAAGUAUCUUUAGCGGAUGUCGUUUUCGAUAAGCCAGCAGAAUAUCCUACUGUAUUAGAACACGUCGCUAUUAGCGAUAAUCUUCCUUUAUCUUCCAUUGCAAAGAAUGAAAAUGAACGCCAAAAAAAUGUCUCAAUUGAAGUUACAAAAACACUACUUUCUAGUGAAAUUGAUCAAGCUACUUUGCCUCAAACACAUAGCAAUACGGUGGAAGAAAUGGGUAUCAAAUGUGAAAAAGAACACAUUGAUUCAGAUUUACAAAAAUCUUCGUUGUUUGAGAGUACUCCUCCAAUGAACAUGACAACACAAAUAAUAAUCAGUGAGAGCAAAAAUCUUCCUACGAAUGUGGAAAAUAUUCUUACUUCUCAAGAUCCAGUUAAGCACGAAGAACCACAAUCCGAAGAAUAUAAAAAUGUAGUAAAUGCUAAUGCGGCCAAAGAUAUUUCUCUUCUUGAAGCUACAAAAUCAUUCAUAGGAUUUGAAGUUGAGCAUUCAUUCGUGUCUCAAGACAUCAUUAAGAAACAACAGGCAGAACCAAAUAAAAAUAUUUCUAUUUAUGAUUCCAGUCAUCUAAAAGACGAAACAGAAGUUGCAAAAGGCAUAGAAGAUAAAGAAGAUAAAGGAUAUGAAGCAGAGGAUGUAUCUCUAUGUCCUACUCCUCUACCUGAUAAAAAGAAGCGGCACAAAAAACGUAAAGCACAAGUCCUAAGUGAAGAUACUACAUAUCCAAAAUGGAGUGCCACUACGGAAGAUGAAACACUGAUGUCAACACCGACUGAAAGUGACGAUAUUGUUAGGAAUUUAAAAGAACAUGUAGUAGAAAAGGAAGAACAAAAACUGACACUUGAACAGACUUCAGAAGAGUUGGGUGCUAAACCUAUUAUAAAAACUGAAUUAAGUAAAGAAGUAACUACUAGUUCGCCUAUAGAAGAGUCAUACCAUACCAUCAGUGAAGGCUCAGACGUAAGUACCGUCAAAAUCAUAGAAGAGUGUGUUACACGAACUCCAGAGAUGGCACAAAAUGACAUUGCAACGACUAUCACAUACACUGUGCCGGUGGUAGAGGAAAUUAUUACACAAGAAUAUUCAGUACAAACUUCACCUGAUAUUGUUACCGAGCAGGUGGAUUCUGAGGUAAAAUAUAAAAAACCUGCAGUGGAAACUACCGACAGUGAAUUACAAACUUCUCCUAAGCCUAUUGACAAUAUUUUUGUACAAACUUUACCUAAAGAGGAAAAAGAAGAAUGUACUCAAACUAUUUUAGCUACAGUAGAUGUACAAGACUCUCAAAUACAAACGAACAGAAUAGACACUCCGGAUGUGGUUUUACAAACGGAAGCUACGACUCAAGUCGUUUCUGAUGAUAUUACGUAUCUAGAAGAAAAGUGUUCUCAAACAUCACCCAUAAAUGAUCAGCAAAAGGUUACAGAAGAAGAAAUAUUACCUGUUGUAAUGGAAUCUCGUGACAUUCAGACUUCUCCAAUGUUGCAGGUACAAGAUAAAAAAAGCGAUGAAUUUAAUAUCGAGACUAAGGACACGGACAUCCAAACCAUUUAUCCUGAAAGUAUUGACAAAGAAACAUCCACUACGCCGAUACAAAUGAAAGAUGUCACUGAAAUAAGUAUUCAAACACCGGAGAUUUCUCAAGUUAGUGUUUUUACUCAAAUCGAAGAAGAGCAUGAAAAGAAUUUACAGAAUGAAGCUCGUGUGCAACCAGAUGAUGAAUUAAAUUUGCCCCAAAUUGAAAUUAAAAAACAAGAAACUGUGACAACAGACGUGUCACAACAAACGUCACCAAGAGAAGGGGAACCUUUACCAUCCUCUAUGGAACAUUUACCUCAAGAUGUUCUUAAAGUUGAAAACAGUCAACAAACUUCUCCGAGACCUAAUACAGAAGAAUUGGGCCAAACUGAAGUAGACCAAGUUACAGCAUAUGAUAAAAUUCAGCAGACGUCGCCUAGAAGUGAUACAGAAGAAAAUAUUUUGAAUAUAAAUAGAAAAUCAAACAUUGUCGAUACCAUGCAACAGACAUCUCCACGAAUAUUUUCGGACGAUUCGAUGUCGACUUCUACCGAUGAACCUUAUGAAAUACAUCUCAGGGCCCAAAUAUCUAUUCCUCAAGUAACAGAUGACUUUAUUAACAAUGAGCGGCAAAUACAAGAAUCCCCUCAAUCAAUUAUAAGUGACAAAUCAAAACAAAAGAAACGUAGAUCAAAAAAGAAAACAGAGUCCCCCUUACAAUCUCCAGGAAGUCUUUCGGAUCCUAUUAACGCUGAACUUUCCCUUUCAGUUACUCCUACUAGUGAUGAUUUAUCUAGUAAAGAAACAACUUCGAUAGACGAAGGAAUAUCUCAAAUAGUGAGUCCAGUUGUACCGAUUAGUGAUCAAAUUGUCACUCAACCGAAACUAACGUAUUCUGAUGUCGUACAAAGAUCAAAAUCUAAAUCUCCUUCACCCAGUAAAAGUAUUACUCUUCCGAGAAAAUCUGAAAAAGCGAAACUUAUUGAUUCACUGGAAAAGCGCACACAAUCUGUCAUUGAACCGCGGCAAAAUUCACCAACAGAAACAAUGGCCGUGGCCUUAAUCGAAUCGUCAAUGGAAAAGUCUUAUGAUCUCAUAAUAAAUAAAGAAAUAGAUGAAUUGAAGAAAGCAGUAGAGAAUAGGGAUCCAAACAAGAUAGAAAAAAGUGUUGUUGUUGUAAUAGAAACAAUUUCAAUUUGGUUAGAAGAAAUCCAAUACAAAAUACAAAUAGAAACAGUGACUGGAAAUAAACAAAAGCUGGACGAACUUGAUAAAGUUGAGACGGAUAACAUUGACAACACCGAUAUGGUUCGAAAAUUGUUCCGAAGAUUCCGUAGUAUAGUAGAAGCGAAUCCUAAACGAGAAUGUCCAUCAAAAUUGUACACUUGUGACGAGGACACAAAGCAAAUCGAAAACUCUAUAAAUACUGAACGAGAUCGUCUUAUGCAAUUAAUGUCACUAGCCGAAGAAUAUGAGCAAACAUUACAAGAUUUUGGACAAAUUACGGAUGUAGCAGAAGCCUUACUAGACGGAAAAAUUAUUGUAUCCGAUCUAGACCAUCUCCAUGAGGAAAUUCAGAAGCAUAGAAAAUUUUUUGUCAAUUUGAGCCACUGCAGAGCCAUCCUUGAGUCUCUGGAAGAUAAUUUAGAUGCUGAAACAAGGGCUAAAUUUUCAUCGCUUCACAAUUCCCUUCACGAUAGAGCUACAAAAAUAAUAGACCGAGCGGCUGGUCGCGCUCAACAGAUGACGUUGGCUGCUUCAAGAUGGAGCGUAUUAGAUCACGGAAUGAAAGAAGAACAACAAUGGCUUCGCGUUGCCCACCAAAGAGUUCCCGAUCUUACUAAUGUGACAUCAAUUGACCACGAACAAUAUAUCAACCUCUACCAAUCGAUCAGUUUAGACGUUUCUCAUCAUUACGCGAAAAUGUUACGCCUUUUAUCUAUUACAGAGAGUUUGCAAAAUCUUAUUAUUUGCUCUGCAUUAGAGUCUCAGUGUUCAAUAGCCCUUGACACUCUCCUAACACUUCAAGACGAUAUUGAUUCUAGAUUAACUAGGUUAAGAGCCUUCAAAGAAAACUGGAUGACAUACGAGCACCUCAUCAAUAGAGUUGAAAGCUGGAUGAAUCUAGCCAAUAGGGAGUUAGAGAAUAUAACGCCGGAAAAUAUUACAACCACAGUGAACUUACGACGAUUUUGGGAACUAAAGGCCCAGCAUGAAGUUCAUCAUAAUCUUAAGAAUGAAUCUGGACUUCAGUUCGAAAAGGCCCUAGAAAUACUACCAAUUUCUGACGAGAUGGUUCAACGUCAGUUCUUCUCAAAGGUUGAAGAGAAAUGGCACAACUUAGCCUCGAGAUUUAGUGAUUUACAUGCUACGGCUAUCCAGAAUAUCUCAGAUCGCGACGUUUCAUCUGGCGAAAAACUACACAUCCUCGAAGAAGAAAUAAGAGAAUUGAGAUCCUCAUUAGACGGCCUGAAAGGCGUCAUUAAGAGCGAGGACGAACUCAAUUUGUACACAGAAAGGCUGCAGGUGAUGACCGGCCGCAUAGACAGGAUACAAAACGAACUCGGCAGAUUGAGUUUACUGCCGAACGCAGAAUCCGAGCGUUUGGGAGCACUUUUGACGCAAUCCGGAACUUUAAACGACCAAAUAGCGGAGGAGCUGGAGAGGAGCCUGAUUCUGAAGGAGAAGAUUGUGCAAGUGCAAGCUGGUAUCGUCCGCUGCCAAAAGAAUCAGCGGAGAGCCCGUUUGACCUUGGAGGAGUGCGAGGCGGCCGAACGUCUGGGCAGCGACGUGGUGGAACAGGCGUCGGAGACCUGCCAGCGGUUGCUGGAAGACCUGGCGACCCAAUGGAGGGACAUCUUGACCCUGCGACAGGCGCUGCACACUCUGCCAAUAAGUCUACGAGUUUGCGUAUCACCUACUGGCAUUGAACGCGACAUAUCAGCUCUCCAGGAGACUCACGCCGAAAUCGAGGCUGCUUGCAACGACCUCUGCGCCCGGCUCCGGGCCAAGGUUCAGCUGUGGAAGCGGUUCGAGAGGCAGCUGGAACUCGUCCAGGGGGCAGUGCGAGAGGCCGACUACAUGGUGGAACUGCUCACUGUUCAAGGCCAAGUCGACUACGAUCGUCUGCUCAAGGCCACGGAAAAACUCGAGACCCUGAGCGAGUCGCUGUCCCGGCGCAGCGGCGAGCUGGUGGGCGAGCUGAGGGAGGCGGCCGCUCCGCUGGAGUCCACCGCGGAGCCCUCGGUGGCGGCGCAGCUCAGGAGGGAGAUGGACGACGCGGCCGCCGCCUACGAGCACACCUGCCGAAACCUCACCCAGAUGUGCGACAAGUACCAGAAGGCGGUGGAGUUGUGGCGGCGGUACCGGGACGCGGCGAGCGCCGUCCGCGCGUUCGCCGACUCGCAGGAGGGCCGUCUGCACGCGCUCAGGCCCGACGACGCGCCCGCCGCCAAGCAGGCAUGCUUAGAGCAAGAGUCGAGGGUGGCGGAGCUGAGGUCCUUGGCGGCGCAAGUGGCCGCGGAGACCGGGUCCAGGGCGCUGCAGGCGGACGCCGACGCGCUCGCCAGGAGGCUGCAGCUGGUGGCCGGCGCCGUCCAGGCCCUGGCCGAUCUGGGCGAGGCCAGGCAGCUAGCCAGGGCGAAGGCGCAGCACGCCAAAGAGAAGCUGUGCGACAUGAGACAGGAUUUGGCUCCGGUGCACGAAGAUGGUGAAAUAGUCGAAGACAAAUUGAUCGCCCUUCGUGAUAAUCUGAUUGCGCUAGGAAAGAGCGAAGCGGACAUCGCGCCCGCGAAAGCUGAACUGCCAGACAUCGACAGGGACGUUUCCGAGGAGCACUCCAUAGUGAGAAUACUGGAGCUAUGGCAGGCCAUGUUCCGCGAUACCUUCUUGCACUACCACCGACUCUCCACGGCACUUGUCAGGUCGGGCGAUGCUGCGACUGCUUUGAAGUUGUGGCACGAAUACCUGCUGGACCUCCAGUCAUUCCUCUCCGGUUCCCUACCAACGGACUAUGAGAACCUGACGGAGCACCGACGGCUGUGCCGCGUACACAGGAACCUGUUGGCCUCACAAAGGUCUGUUUUGAUAAACGAAAACAAGGAGACCACCAACAGAGACCUGGCUGACAAAUUCGACACGCUGACAAACCUCCACAAUGAGACGCUCGCAAGGAUAGUCGAGAGACACGACGAAGUGUGCACAAGGAUCGCCGCGUGGGACGACUACAGAGAAAUAUACACGGAACUUCUGCGCUGGUUGAAGGAAAUUGAACGCGAGAAGGAGAAACUCCAACUGAGAUACGUCCACAUUAAGAGGAUACACAAAAUAUUAACAAAGAUCCAGAAUCUCUUUGACAAGCUACCCGAAGGCCGCAAGUUUGCGGAGAAGUUGUCUGUGUACCUUAAGAGAGUGUUGGCAUUUACAGAAGAGACUUAUGGAGCGUCAGUUAGGAUGGAAUACGCCGGCAUCGUGAAGAGAGUUGACAAUUUACAAGCUAGCCUUGACACAUGGCGCGAUUUCCUGACUCGAAUACUUGGACUGAUCGGCGAAUACGAAAAUCUGACUGGUGACUUGCACAAACUUUACUCACGGACCCAGGACGAGGUCAUGUCGUAUUCUGACGAAGAACGCUUAUCACGGCCGCAACUUAAAAAAGCGAUUGAGAAAUAUUCGGAAUUGCGAAAGAAGAUCGACAAGACUGAAACUCAGAUAGAAGCUCUGAGUGUCAUCCAAGAGCAACUUAAAGAAUGCCUUAGCCCGCAGGACAUAAGAAUCGUCAAUCAAAGGGUCUGGCAGAUGCGACAGCAGAGAGCCGAUUUGGAGCACCAAUUGUCAAUCAUAAUACACAGGCUCCAAGAGAGGUUGGAAGUUUACACAAUAUUCGAUUCACGGCUAUCAAGGUUCUUUGAAUGGAUGACAACGUUAGAAACUCGACUCGAAACCUCCAGUUCUAGUAGUGAAGCUAGCGCAAUGGACCCGCAUGACCUUAUCAGGAGGAUCAACUCGGACAUUCAAGCAGAAACCGCCCUCAAGGAGCGCGAAUUCGAGUGGCUCGCCGAAACCGGCAGUUCUUUGGUUGACCUCUCCAAGAAAGACGAGAAAAACUACAGCAAAAACACCUCCAAACAACUCAAAGACGUUCAAGAACGAUGGCAGAGAUUGCAGGAGACGGGCCGAAGUAGGAUUGCCAAAAUCAACGAACUCCUCGAAACAAUAUCACAAUUGGAAGAGCGUUUAACGGAGAUAAGAAUGAAACUGCACACUAUAGAGUCAAAACUGUCGACGUCUGUUGUCAUUGAAAAUCUGACGGCCAAAGCGGUCGAUGAGAAAUUCCAGGAUCGCGACGAAAUCCACAAGAGCAUAGAGGACGAGAGCGGUGAAGUGGGCGAAACGCUGAACCUCUGCGAGCUCGUCUUCAACGACACAGACGUGCUAAAAGGCAACUUUGAUCUGCGCAACCUUCGCACCGGCGUCGAGAUAGUCGAAAAGAAAUGGAAAAACAUCUGCGAGAUGUCCGAACAGAGAAAGGGAGCGCUGAAGGAGAUCCGCAAGUCCGCCGAACUGGCCAACUCGCUGCUGCCGAAGGCGGAGAAGAGACUCGACUCGAUCGAGAGGAGAGUGGAGAAGGUCGAGAUUAGGAAACAGCGCGGUGAUACGGACGACGACAGCGUUUCGAAGGCGGUCAUCAAGGACUUGGACGCUAUGGAGGAGGACGUGGCCCGUUUGGAGGAGGCGUACAGCCGCAUCGCCUCGGCCCGUGGGGUAGAGCUUCGCGGCGAAGGGGCAGACCAUGCAGCACGUUUGAGGACGGCGGUGCGCCGCUGGCGGCAGCUGAGGGGCAGGGUGGACGCAGCCGGCGCCGAUCUGCAGCGGCAGUUCGUGGCCGCCCACGGGAGGGCGGUGGUGGCGCUGGCGGAGGUGGACGUGCGCCUCACCAGGGCGCUGCACCUCGCCCCCACGCCGCCGGACCAGGCUGCUGCCUUCGAGGAGCUGGACGGCGUCGAGCGUGAAUUGCGCGAGUGCGAAGCCCUAGUAGCGGAGGCCGACCGGCUGGAGGCGAUGCUGGGCGGCGCCGGGGGCUCCGCCACCCUCGCCGCGGAGUACCGCGCGCUGCUGCAGGAUGUGGCCGCGCGGCUGCAGCUGGCCAAGGCAGCCGUCGUCGGAGACGUCGAUAGCGCAGUUCAGGUGGACACCCUGAAGUGGGAGACGGACGCCUCCCUGCAAGUGGACACGCUGACCUCCAAGGAGACGUACCGCUCGGAGCUGGCGGCGGCGGUGGGCGAGACCUCGGACGCCCUGGAGGCCCUCGGGGCGGCGCUGCUGCCCGAGCUGGAGGACGACGCGGGCGGCGAAGAGCUGGCCGCCGCGGCCAAGGAGAUCGCCAAGGCCGGCGCCAGGCCCGGCCAGACCCUCGAGCUGGCCAAGCACCUGUCGGAGCUGCUGCUCACCGAAUGCGACGCGACGGAGGAGGAGGCGAUGCUGCGCGAAGUGGAGGCCCUCACGCUCAGAUACGAGGACCUGCUCGCCCAGGCGAAGAAGCGCGAGCUGCGCAUCACCAACCUCAGGUUGCCACACUCCGCGUCAUACGCUCUCACGUGCGAACACGAGUCCGGCCGCCUCUCGUGCCCGCUUUGCUCGGACCGCAACUGGAAGCAGCUGGACAACGACCUCUGGCGGCUGGAGCAGUGGCUGCAGUUCGCCGAAGCGACAGAUGAGGCCAGGACCGAACCGCCGGAGCAGUAUGACGCUCUAGAAGACGCAAUACAAGACCACCGCGAGUUCCUGCUGGACCUGGACUCGCACAAGGCGCUGGUGGUGUCGCUGAACGUGGUGGGCGCGCACGUGGCGCGGCACGCGCGCUCCGCCGCGGCGGGCGAGAGGGCGCGCGCGCGCCUGGCCGCCGCCAACGCGCGCUGGGACCGCGCCUGCGCACGCGCCGGCCACUGGCAGGCGCGGCUGCAGCACGCGCUGCUGCACAACCGCCAGUUCCACGACAUCGUGGUGGAGCUGGUGGCGCAGCUGUCGGACGCGGAGCGGUGCGUGCGCGCGCGCGAGCCGCUGCGGCUGCGGCGGCCGGCGGACGAGCUGCGCCGCGACUUCCGCCGCUUCAGCGAGCUGCGCGACGAGCUCGCCGCCGCGGAGCCGCGCGUGCAGGCGCUGCGCGACGCCGCCGCGCUGCUGCAGGGGCUCGACUCGCAGCACGUGUGCCGCAGGCUGGGUGAGCUCCGCCUGCGGCUGCAGUCGCUGCGCAAGUUGUCCGCUGUGUACGCGCUGAAACUGGGCGCGUCGCUCGCGCAGCACCCGGCCGGCGCGUCCGCCGUGGCCGCCGCCGCCGCCUGCGUCGCCCCGCAGCUUUUGGACGAGGAGGAGGAACAGAUAUCAUCCCUCAACCUGCCGCCCCUGGAUGCAUCAGAGGCGGCGAGCGAUGAGGGCGAGGAGGGCGAGGAGCGCGCCGUGGGGCGCGUGCGGCGCGGCGUGCGCUUCGUGUGCCGCGUGGCGCGCGCCUCGCUGCCCUUCCAGGCGCUGCUGCUGCUGCUGCUCGGCGCCGCCGCGCUGGCGCCGCACGCGCACUCCGACUGCCGCGCGCCGCACCACGGCCUCGAGCCCGUGCUGCGCUACCCCGACGGGCCCCCGCCCAUCUCACCCGCCGACUUCCACCGCGGCGACUACCACGGACUCCACGUUCUGAAGCAUUCCUCGACGCGGCGAGAGACGGCCGCCUCCGUUGCCGAGUCCGGCCCUCUAGGACUCGAUGAAUACGGACGCGCGCGCACAUCGACCCCGCCCCAUGUAACCCAUCGCUAUUGUAUCCAGCGCGGGUUCGACGAUACGCGGGCGUCCGACGCAUUUGCAACGGAGGCGGCCGAACUCGGCUCGGCUAGAAUGCGAGCGGCCUCGGGCCGAACAGCGCCCUCUGGGCCGCGUUGGCGGAACGCGCCCGCUGCAGGGCGCUUAGACAUUCCAUUGAGACGGCGCUGGGCCGGACGCGGCCGCCCGUCGCGCUCGCGAUGUAAA